AUGCUCAGCUGGAGCGACCUCCCGCCCUUCGUGCAAAAUUUAGCCAUCGUCGUCGGCUUCGUGGCCCUCGCGACGUACGUCGACGUCCUCCUGCCGCGCGCGGGCCCCGUCAAGCUCGACGACCCGCACGCGCACUACGUCGCCGACAAGGACUACAACGGGAGUUGGCGGAGAAAGAAGGACGAAUGAUCUACUUGCUCUUAGUAGCAUUGGCGGAGGCGCGCCGGAAGGUUGAACCCAUUGUAGAGGAGCCCACCGCACCUCUAUGGAUACCGCUCGUCAUCGCGGUCUGCAUCAUUCUCGGUACGCUAGCACUCUUACCGAGGAAGCCGCGCGAGGAAGAGAAACCGCUCGCGACCGUCAUGAUUACGCAUAUCACGGUCUACCCCGUCAAGUCCUGCAAGGGUGUUAAGCUCGCGACAUGUUCGUUGGAUGCGACGUGCGGCCUGCAAGAUGAUAGGAGGUACGCGUUCGUCGAUGCGCACGGUGUGUUUCUGUCGCAAAGACGCUUCCCGAAAUUAUGUUUGGUGACGCCCACCUACCCCAUCGGUGGCGCAUUAUCUUUGAAGGCGCCGGGCCAACCAUUACUCAAAGUACCGGUCAAUGACGAAGGUCCCACAAAGACGUGUCGGAUCUGGUCCGAUUCGGUAAUAGCCGUGGACCAGGGUGACGAGGCAGCAAAGUGGAUCUCGGACUACCUGAAGACGCCGGGUCUACGGCUGAUGCGCUUCCCCGACAAGGCUUUUCGUAGAGUAGACAUCAAAUACGCGAAAAGGUCAUGUGAGACAGCCUUUAGUGACGGUUUUCCCAUCCUCCUGGCGAACGACGCCUCGUUAGCUGAUUUAAAUGCUCGGCUAGCUAAAAACAACAGUCCACCCAUACCGAUGGACCGGUUCCGGCCGAAUCUUGUCGUGAGCGGCGCUCAGGCGUGGGCUGAGGACGCGUGGGGUUCCAUGACAUGUAACGACUUGGAGCUGAAGGUCGUCAAGCCCUGCUCGCGCUGCAAGAUCCCGACCAUCGACCAGGCUACGGGAAGGACUGGAGCGCCUUCUGGCACGGGCGACGAGGGCGGCGGCCCCGGCCAGGCGGAGCCGAACAAAACUCUGAAGACGUUUCGAUCUGGGGCCGUCUUAGCUGAUCGCGAUCCGUUCUUCGCCGCCCCAAAGCGCAAAAACGACGUCUUCUUCGGCCAGAACCUCGUGCACUUCGCGCCCGGCGCGGAGGUCGCGGUCGGCGACCGGUUCGCUUGUUCUCCAAAGGUUGUUGAGGAGGGAGGAUGCGUCGUGAGCUAGUUUGCCGCUCCCUCUAGAGGUUAACAGAGUCUAUUUAUCGUACAUAGCGCGUCGAUGGCCUAGCAUGGGAAGAGCACUAGCAACCAAGCAGCCUCUGCGAAAAAAUUACCACGCUCCUCAUCUAUUCACGUAGUGUCUCUGGCGGUCAGAUUUGUGUUUUACAUCUACCAGACAUAUCAGUUCUCCAGGAGGCGCCGGUACACGCGUAGGAACAAACUCUGCCUUUUGGUUCGCCCGCAGCGGCAAAGCCCUCGCCACGCGCCGCGCCGUCGACGCGACCUCGGCGAGCGUUCUUAAUCAACAUCACGACCGUGUAAGGUCAGGUCUCUCGCUCAAGAGCACGUCCCAACGUCCGACCGUGACUCCGACGCGAAAAAAAAACAUGGGCUGCGACGGCGGCAACUGCGGCGGCACCCCUUCAGUAAUUUUCGGCUACGUCGGCACGGCCAUCCUGCUCAAGUUCCUCUUCGGCAUCGACGACGUCGUCUGGCUGGCGCCGUUCAUGGCGCGCGAGGUGAGCCACGGAAGACUAGUCAUCGCGGUCAAGUACGUCCUCAUCAACUUCACGAUAUGUGGAAUAGCGGUCGCGCUCGCGUCGAUCGUGCACGUGUCCAUCCACCACGGCGCCAGGCACGCCGAGGAUCUCGCGGACAAGAUCAUCGCGUGCUUCGCGUCGGCCCUACUCCUACUCUACGCCUACUACAUCGCGCAGCAGGACGGGGUGUGCGGCGAGCUGGAAGAGAGUGACGACCCGCCGGACAAGUCUGAAUAUACACCGUUGCACGAGGUCGAGGAGGACGAGGAGGAUCCCUUGACGCGGCGGCGGAGCGGCCUCACGGGACUCGACGCGCCGAUGGGCGAGGACUUUGAGGACGAGGCCGAUGAUCUGGGCUGCCACGAGCGGCUCGUCGUCGGCUGCCUCUCGAGCGGCCUCGAGCCGUCGUCGCCCGGGAAAGAUGAAGCUAGAAGGCGCUUCGUCAUCGUGGCGGUGCUCGGGAAUCUCGACGACUUCCUGAUGUACUUUUCGAUCGUGGUGUCGCUGCAUUUCUGCUGGUGGGAAUUUAUUCUGGGGACGACGAUCGGGGCCAUCUGCAUCGCGACGGCGCUGGGCACGUGCCUCUGGUGCUCGCCUAGAUUAGCGGACAAGGUCGCUUCCUUACCGCUCGUCCCAGUUGUCGUGAUCAUGGCUAUAUAUAUUGCCGUGCAGGCCUUCGUGCCGGCGAUGAACCCGUCGCCGCGGAACAGUGCCGGUGCUUGCUAG